CGGCUUAGCCAUAAUAAUGAUGACUUCGUGGCUGUGGUAACUAGUGACGACCGCAGUCAAGCUAAAACCAACACAACAUAUCAAACAGGUUUAAAAUAUGUUCACAUCGAAUGAACUAGCUACGAAUAACUUCAACAACGAAGAAAAUUGAGAUAUUUUCUGCAGGAGUGUCCAGUGCAGUGACUAACUACUAACUAGUGAACUACAUAUUAUGAUGCCAUGGAGGAUAGGAAGCUGAAGAGAAAGAUUUCCAGGCCCUCCACCAACCAGGCCCCUGCCCCACCAACCAGCACCCGGAAGAACACAGCCUCUGGACGUCAUCUGGGCUUCAGCCACAUGGGUACACACUCCAGCCAGAAGGGGAAGAGCCGCAGGGGUGUGAAGGCCAGACAGCAGCAGGCUUCAGGCAGUAAGGCAGGCCAGGGCCAGGCGGACCACAUCCAGCACUCCUUCCUGACGGACGUCUCCGAUGUGCAAGAGAUGGAGAAAGGACUGCUGAGCCUUCUCAAUGACUUCCACAAUGGAAAACUACAGGCCUUUGGUAAUGAGUGUUCUAUAGAUCAGAUGGAACAUGUGAGAGAGAUGCAGGAGAAGUUGGCUCGGCUGCACUUUGACCUUUAUGGGGAGGUGGACGAGAUGCCUGAGGACCAACGGAAGACUGCCUGCGACUCGAACAUGGACAAACUACUGCUCAACUCAGAAGCUGAAUCUGGCAGACAGCCAGGAGAUACCCAGGACAGCCAGCAUCUAAGUCGGUCUGCAGUCAACGCUCUCAUCUCCUUGUCUCCUAACCUCCUCUCCUUAUUUGAUUUCCUUAUCCCCUAAAUUCAUUUCUUUAUAUGCCUCUUCUCCUCCAUCCUCCCCCCUCUCUUCUCCACCCUCCCCUCUUCUCCUCUACCAUCCCAUCCCCUCUUCUCUACCGUCCUCCCUCUCUUCCCUCUCCUCUCCUCGGGGCUAGGGGUUUAUGGGAUUGGGAUUAAUCACCAUCCUCCACGUAUCUGUCAAACACACUGCAAACACAGUUUUCACAUAUUUGCGAGUUUGUUUUAAAGUCUGAAACUUACUGCACAUACCCACAUGAGUGUUAGGCCAAAUGUUGAUGCCUUUUUAUAGUUGCCUUGGUUUGAACCAGUGUUACAUUGAGAUAUAUAUAUAUAUAUUUGACCUUCUCCUACACAUCUUUGUCUUAUAUGCAGUUGGAAUGCAAUAAUCAUAUUUGAAGCUGCUUGAUUGUCAACCUUUUAUUUGAGAGUAAUGCUGUACAUUACAGAUUGAGGUUUUAUUGUUAAUGUGUUUUAGGGUGGAUUGUUAUUUAAUUUUUCUCGGUUUUAGGAAAAAGUCAAUAAAGAGAAUUCUAAUGACUUGAAA